AUGAGUGUGAACCAAGACUACAAAUAUUUAGCAGACAGGCUCAUUGCUGCUUAUGCGAAGGCGACUCUUGAAGCAAAUCCUCCCAGAAAUCGAAGAAUAAAUGACAAAUCCACAGCUCAAAUGCUUUCACUGGUCAUUUCCAUUCAAGAGGAAUUGAAACGAUAUACAAUUGCGUCAGAUUUAGACACAGCGCUAGAGACGAUCAACCUCUCAAAGAUAUACGGAGGUGUAGACGCGAGAGAGGAAGAGAAACGGAAUCCGGGUUUAGGUUACGAAGAUCUUAUUGUUCUUGAAGUGCUUGAAUACUUCAAGAAUGACUUUUUUACAUGGGUGAACAAACCAGAAUGUCCUAGCUGCCACAAAGAUGGUGACAAUAUUGAAGGUAAAGGAGCAAAGGGUCCUCCAUCACCCAACCCUGACAAAAUAAGUCAGAUUGAAGUCUACUGGUGUAAAGAAUGCAACCGAAGUGUUGAGUUUCCAAGAAUAAACAAUGCUCGAAGACUUUUGGAAACACGCAAGGGCCGCUGCGGCGAGUGGGUAAACUGUUUUAUGCUUAUAUUGAAGGCGGUCCUUGGAGCUGAGGCUCGCAUUAGAUAUGUGUGGAACAGAGAAGAUCAUGUAUGGUGCGAGUACUUUAGCACAAAGUUAGACCGCUAUGUCCAUCUUGAUCCGUGCGAAAAUGCCUUUGAUAAUCCUUUAUUGUAUUGCGAGAAUUGGGGGAAAAAGAUGAGUUGGGUAUUUGGUAUUGGGGACGAUUAUAUCAUAGACCUCAGCAGCAAAUAUAUUACGAAGGAGAAGCAGAUCCCAAAACUGUCGAUUGCUAAAGAGACUAUUGUUACGAGUAUCGUGAGCAGAGUAAACCACGAUUUGUUGCGCAACUAUUGGCUGACCAAAGUGGCUCCGCUUGAUAUUAGUGAACGAGAGAAAUACCUCAAAUUGUAUUAUGAUGUAAUCUCGGUCCACAACAAAGAAGUUGAUCAUAGAAGACCAAUAGUGCACCUGAAAACGUCUUCGUCACCACAAGGAAGACAAACCGGAAGCGCAGAAUGGACGAAAGCUCGUGGUGAAGAUGGCCAACAUAAUCAGACGCACGACUAA